CUGAAAAUCCACAGAGAUUUAUAUCCACACAGUCGAGGAUAGGCAGGAAUGGCGCAGGAUAAUCCAGGAGAAAGUUGUUAGAGGUUGCCACGAGGUUCAGCAUUGAGGAUUAUUGACGCAAGGAGGAUAUAUUUUGUAUACAUCUCUUUCCCACACCGCAACAAUUUGAUGUUACCGUCGCCACGCGAGGGAGAAGACCCGGUUUUUCUCAGUUCUCAGCGGCGCUGAUCUCGCGUAUGAACGAUGGUGACCAUUCAUAGAUUUAUUACCAUAUUCCGAUGAUUCCAGAUUUAAUUGACAAGCCCCUGAUGCCUGGGUCUUGGGUUAGCAAAUACAAACAGCCUUACAAUCCGGCGUGGAUGGAUUAUUGUGACCCCUAUCAUUGCGGUGAUUAUCACAAAAGAGCUUGCGGCCUUAACAGAGAUAACAUGAGAUUCGAAUGGUUCCAAAGCGUUUGCCAUUUGAUAUUAAACAACAAAUGCUCAACAUAUAAAGGGACUCUUAAAUAUCAACCGGUCGAUACGAAGUUCUGCUAUAUGUAUGUGAUGUACUUGAGGAAUGGCCGUCAGAAGUGUGACGACACGAGCUUAGAAGCCGACGUAUAUUACUUAAUUGAUUGAGUAAAACUUAAUUUUGUUUUUAAUUAAAG